CUCAGUGAUAGAGAGGAAAACAGCGAAGUCUUUGGCGUAUCAGCGUGCAUAUGUAAAAACAAUAUAAUUAAUUCCUACAUGGCAGUCUGGAUAUACGUGUUAAAGCCAUGUUGAAGUUCAAAUACGUGAGCCAGGGAAGCCUGAAAACAUUGUCUUCCUCGGCGGACCUCAUUACCAACCGCAGUUUGCGGCUCAACCAGGUGUUUCAGGGAAGAGUCGACUUGUGUGGGCAGCAGGGAGGAUGCACUUUAGGACGGGAGGAGUUUCUGGAAGCUCUGCUGCUACUCUACGAAGAAUGCACUUCCCCAGAUCUUAUGAAGAUACACCACGUGGCAAAGUUUGUUAAGAAGUUUUCAGAAGCAAUUUCAGAGCUGCGAGCCUUGCAGCCAGGACUCAAUGACUUUGAACUUCGUGCAGUGGUCGGCCGCGGUCGCUUUGCUGAAGUACAGGUGGUGAGAGAGAAGACAACCGGAGAUGUUUGUGCACUUAAAGUGAUGAAAAAGGCAGUCUUACGCACUCAAGAAAAUGUGGUUUUUCAUGAGGAGGAACGGAGGAUUUUGGUUCUCAACAGUGGUCCCUGGAUCCCACAGCUUCUGUAUGCCUUCCAGGAUAAAGACAAUGUCUACCUGGCGAUGGAGUACUUACCUGGUGGUGAUCUGAUGUCCCUAAUGAACCGAUAUGAGGAUCAUUUUGAUGAAUCCAUGGCUCAGUUUUAUUUGGCUGAGCUAGUAGAGGCCAUCCAUGCCGUCCACCAGCUAGGUUACGUCCACAGAGAUGUCAAGCCAGAAAACAUUCUCAUCGAUCGGACUGGUCACAUUAAGCUGGCUGAUUUUGGAUCAGCUGCCAGGUUGUCUGCUAAUAAAACUGUGGCCACACCUACAGUGCCUGUCGGAACACAGGAUUUUCUCUCCCCUGAGGUCCUGGCAGUCAUGAAUGGCUCUCACAGUACCUAUGGGGUUGAGUGUGAUUGGUGGUCCCUUGGGGUCAUUGCUUAUGAAAUGAUCUAUGCCAAGUCGCCUUUUUCUGAUGGCACUUCUACCAAGACCAUUCACAACAUUCUCAACUUCCAGCGUUAUUUAAAAUUUCCAGAGGAGCCACAUGUCACUAAGCAGUUUGUUGACUUGGUGCAGAGCUUGCUGUGUGGAGCUAAAGAGCGACUGGGUUACCAGGGAUUGCGCUGUCACUCUUUCUUCUCCAGUGUAGACUGGAACAACUUGAGACAAGCUCUCCCGCCUUUCGUUCCUGCAUUGCACGCUGAAGAUGACACCUCUAAUUUUGAGGAGCCGGAGCAGGCUGCCCCCUGGCCAGCCUCAGCAACCCAGGGAGGAGCUCUGCCAGUGGGCUUUCAGGGCCAGGAUCUGCCCUUUCUAGGAUGGUUCUUCAGCAGAGCGUUGACAUUAUUAGCCAAAACUGAGUCUGUGUCUGCAGGCCUUAACUCUCCUGCUAAGACCAACUCAAUGGAAAAGAAAUUGCAUCUUAAAAGCAAAGAAUUACAAGACACUCAAGACAAAUGUCAUAAGAUGGAACAGGAAAUCUCCAGGUUCCAGCGAAAAAUGACUGACCUGGAGUCAGUGCUCCACCAAAAGGAUGUGGAGCUGAAGGCUUCCGAGACUCAGAGAAGCAUCCUGGAGCAAGACCUUGCCACCUACAUUACUGAGUGCAGUAGCCUGAAGCGUAGCUUGGAGGAGGCGCGUGUUGAGGUCUCGAGGGAGGACGAUAAGGCCAUGCAGCUAUUACAUGAUAUAAGAGAGCAGAGCAACAAGCUGCAAGAAAUUAAAGAGCAGGAGUAUCACGCCCAGUUAGAAGAGAUGCAGGUGACCAUCAGGCAGCUCGAGGAGGACCUAUCAGCUGCACGACGUCGCAGCGAUCUUUACGAAGCCGAGCUCAGAGAAUCCAGACUAACGAGCGAGGAAUUGAAACGGAAAGCUGUCGAAUACCAGCAGAGAAUCCAGAAGGCCAAAGAGCAGGGGAAAGCUGAAGUGGAGGAGCUUCUUUCUAAACUGGAGAAGACCAACUCUGAACAGCAGGUGAAAAUCCAAGAGCUCCAAGACAAACUUUCUAAGGCAGUGAAAGCGAGCACUGAAGCCACUGAGCUGCUGCAGAAUGUCCGGCAGGCCAAAGAGAGACUGGAACGAGAUCUGGAGCGCCUGCGAGGCAAAACUGACUCUAGUGAUACUUUGAAGCGCCGCCUGAGAGAAACAGAGCAGGAGGGCAGGAAGACCCUGGAGAACCAGGUAAAGAGGCUCGAGAUGGUUGAGCGGCGGGAGAAUAAGCUGAAAGAUGACAUUCAGACCAAAUCCCAGCAGAUCCAGCAGAUGGCUGAAAAGAUCCUGGAACUGGAGGAGAACCUGAGGGAUGCCCAGUCAACAGCGCAGAGGAUGGAAACUCAGCUGGUGCAAAAGGAGAGACUUUUUGAAGAUAAGAUCAAGGUUCUGGAGGCCCAGAUGAAGGCAGACCUGGCUGACAAGGAGAGCCUCGAGGCGAAGAGGGCGCAGCAUGAGGAGGAGUCGAGGGAAAACUGUAAACUCAUCAGCGAACAGAAAGCAACCAUUAAUGCCAUGGAUUCUAAAAUGAAAAACCUGGAGCAGCGCAUUGCUGAGCUGUCAGAGGCUAACAAGCUGGCCGCUAACAGCAGCAUCUACACCCAGAAAAAUAUGAAAGCCCAGGAGGAGAUGAUCUCAGAGCUUCGGCAGCAAAAGUUUUAUUUGGAGUCUCAGGCUGGCAAGCUGGAGGCCCAAAAUGCCAAACUAGAAGAACACCUGGAGAAGAUGAGUCAGCAGGAGCAAACCAAGAGAACUCGGCUGCUUGAGCUGGAGAGCAGGCUGCGGGAGAUGGGCCUAGAACAUGAAGAAGAGAAACUGGAGAUCAAGAGGCAGGUAUCGGAGUUGACUCUUUCCCUGCAGGAGCGCGAGUCCCAGAUCAGUAGCCUGCAGGCUGCACGUCUUGCCCUGGAAAGUCAGUUGCAGCAAGCUAAGACUGAACUAGAAGAGACCACUGCUGAGGCAGAGGAGGAAAUCACUGCACUGAGGAACCACAGAGAUGACAUUCAGCGCAAGUUUGAAGCUCUGAGAGACAGUUGCUCAGUAAUCACUGACCUGGAGGAACAGCUUACGCAGCUCAGUCAGGAGAACGCUGAGUUGAACCGCCAAAACUUCUACUUGUCAAAACAGCUGGAUGAGGCAUCAGACGAGAGGGAGGAUCAGCUGCAACUCAGCCAGGAAGUGGACCGCCUUAGGAGGGAGGUGGCUGAUCGUGAGAUGCACCUCAAUAACCAGAAGCAGAACAUUGAGACACUGAAGACCACAUGUAGCAUGUUGGAGGAGCAGGUGGUAGAGCUGGAGUCUCUCAACGACGAGCUGUUGGAGAAGGAGAGGCAGUGGGAGGCAUGGAGAGGAGCUCUGGAGGAUGAAAAAAAUCAGGCUGAGAGACGCACCAGGGACCUGCAGAGGCUGCUGGACAAUGAAAAACAGAACAGACUGCGUGCAGAGCAGCGCAGCACAGAGUCUCGCCAGGCAGUGGAACUGGCAGUCAAAGAGCAUAAGGCUGAGAUACUGGCUUUACAGCAGGCUUUGAAGGAGCAGAGACUGAAGGCUGAAAGUCUGUCUGACACACUCAAUGAUCUGGAGAAGAAGCAUGCCAUGCUGGAGAUGAACGCCCGCAGCUUACAACAGAAACUGGAGACUGAGAGAGAACUGAAACAGAGGUUGAUGGAGGAGCAAGGGAAGCUUCAGCAGCAGAUGGACCUCCAGAAGAGCCACAUUUUCCGUUUGACUCAAGGACUUCAAGAUGCUCUGGACCAAACUGACAUGCUUAAAACUGAGAGGACAGAUCUGGAGUACCAGCUGGAGAAUAUACAGGCUGUAUACUCCCAUGAGAAGGUGAAGAUGGAGGGGACUAUCUCCCAGCAGACCAAACUCAUUGACUUCCUCCAAGCCAAAAUGGACCAACCCACCAAAAAAAAGAAGGGUAUAUUUGGGCGGCGGCGGGAAGAUGUGGGCACCACAACUAACGGGGCGCUGACCCCACAGGCCCAGCCGGCUGUUCCCAUGCAAUACAGUGACAUGAAACUGGCUUUAGAAAAGGAGCGUUCGAGGUGUGCAGAGCUGGAAGAGGCUCUGCAGAAGAUGAGGAUAGAGCUGCGAUCGCUCAGAGAAGAAGCGGCUCAUUUUAAAGCCCAGGAACACGUGGCUACUUCCACACCAGCACAGGCUCGGCAUCAGAUCCUCAUGUCGGCUAUUGUCAAAUCUCCUGAACAUCAACCCAACCCCAGUAGCCUUCUCAACCCUUCCACUCGCUGCAAGGAGACUUCUACCCCUGAAGAAAAGAGGAGGGUCACGUUUGAAAAAUUUGGUCGACGUGUGAAAGAAAGAAUGCACCAUAACAUCCCUCAUCGCUUCACUGUGGGCCUCAACAUGAGGGCUGCAAAAUGUGCCGUCUGCCUGGACACUGUUCACUUUGGAAGACAGGCUGCUACUUGUCUAGAGUGCCAUACCCUGUGCCACCCUAAAUGCUCACCAUGUCUGCCGGCCACCUGCGGUCUGCCAGCCGAGUAUGCGACUCACUUUUCAGAGGCACUGUGCCGAGAAAAAACAAACUCGCCUUCACUGCAAGUCAAAGAGGCUAGCGGGCAUGUUCGCUUGGAAGGAUGGAUGAAGCAACCUAGAAAUGGCAAACGUGGACAACAAGGCUGGGAGAGUAAAUAUGUGAUUCUUGAUGGAACCAAAGUAUCCAUCUACGAUACUGAGCCCAGGGAAGACUGCAUAAAGGCUGAGGAAGAGUUUGAGCUCUGUUUGCCUGAUGGAGAGGUGACUGUUCAUGGCGCUGUUGGGACUUCUGAGCUCAUCAACACUGCCAAGUCAGAUAUCCCGUAUGUAUUAAAACUGGAAUCCCAUCCUCACACCACUUGUUGGCCUGGCCAGUGCCUCUACUUCAUGGCUCCCAGCUUCCCUGACAAGCAACGCUGGGUGGCGGUGCUGGAGUCUGUCGUGGCUGGUAGCCGUGGAUCUAAAGACAAAGUGGAUUCUGAUGCUGCAGGUGUUUCUAAAAGACAGAAGAACCUUUCCCCUCUGGUUCAGAAACUUCUUGGCAAUUCUCUGCUGAAACUGGAGGGUGAUGAUCGUUUGGACAUCAACUGCACGCUGCCUCUCACUGACCAGAUUGUCUUGGUUGGCUCUGAGGAGGGCUUGUACGCUCUGAACGUCAUAAAGAACUCUUUGACCCACAUUCCUGGCCUGACCUCGGUCUUCCAGAUCCAGAUCCUGAAGGAGCUUGAUAAGCUGCUGAUGAUCACUGGAGAGGAGAGGGCUCUGUGUCUGGUGGAGAUCAAGAAGGUGAAACAGUCUUUGUCACAGUCCCAUCUUCCAGCUCAGCCUGACCUCAAUCCCUUCAUCUUUGAAACAGUCAAAGGAUGCCACCUCUUCUCCUCUGGAAAGAUUGAUAAUGGGAUGUGUAUCUGUGCUGCUAUGCCUAACAAGAUUACAAUUCUGCGACAUAAUGAAAGCCUCAACAAGUUCUGUAUCAGAAAGGAGAUUGAGACCUCUGAGCCAUGUAGCUGUAUUCACUUCACUGGCUACAGUAUCAUUAUUGGCACCAACAAGUUCUAUGAGAUUGAGAUGAAGCAGUAUGUGCUGGAGGAGUUCCUGGAUAAAAAUGACGUUACGCUAGCUUCAGCUGUCUUCGCUGCGUCCUCCCACAGCUUUCCUAUUUCCAUCAUCCAGGUCACCACAGCCCCACAGAAGGAUGAAUACCUGCUCUGUUUCCAUGAGUUUGGCGUGUUUGUGGAUGCAUAUGGGCGCAGGAGUAGAACGGAUGAUAUCAAAUGGAGCCGCCUGCCUCUCUCAUUUGCCUACAGAGAGCCUUACCUGUUUGUGACUUACUUCAACUCUCUGGAUGUUAUUGAGAUUCAGGGACAUGCUGCUCUUGGGCCACACUCAUACGCACACUUGGACAUCCCAAACCCACGCUACCUUGGCCCAGCCAUCUCCUCUGGGGCCAUCUACUUGGCCUCAUCCUACCAGAACAAACUUCGGGUCAUUUGCUGCAAAGGGAACCUGGUGCAGAGCCAAGAAGGUGGAGGAGAUCUGCAGCGUAAUGGUUCCGGACGAAGCCCGAACAAGCGUGGGCCUCCCUCAUACAAUGAGCACAUCUCUAAGAGGCUUGCAGCUAAUCCUCUCGUCCACGGAGAGCCCGGCACACCUCACCGCUACAGAGAGGCUCGUACAGAGUUUAGGAGAGACAAGUCCCCCAGCCGUCCUCUGGAAAGAGAAAAGUCUCCCGGCAGAAUGCUGGAGAGCCGGAUAGUGGGCUCUCCUGGCAGGGCCAUGGCCGACCCCAGGCUGGAGCGUUCCCCAGGCAGGGCCAUGGCAGACCCCCGCAUGGAUCGCUCCCCGGGCCGAAUGAUGGAUGUCCGAAGAGAGCGGUCUCCCGGACGAUUCGAAGAGCGUCAGAGGCUUCACACAGGUUCUGGACGCACACCCAUAAACCCUGUUAACAAGGUUUGGGACCAAUCAUCUGUUUGAGAGGCAGCAUAUUCAUCAUAGACUGAGACAAAGACAAAGGAAUGAGCAGAGAAACAGUGAGAUGUCACCAACUCAUGAAACACUGCCACACAUCUGUCUUGUCUGAGCUGAAAAGCACGCACUGGAAAACAAGUGUAGCUGUCAGAACACAGACGGAGAACUAGAGAAAAUAAAGAGAUGUCAUUAGAAUCAGGUUAUUUUUCAACGAAUACCAACAGGAUGCCAUAUUCCCCACCUGAGCAGGGUUUUAUGAUGUUUUUCAGCCUGUGUUCUCUAUGCUCAAUGUAACUAAUUCGAUACAAUUUCUUCUUUCCCAAAGGAAGAGGAGUUUCUUUCUUCUUCCCAAAGAAAAACUUUGAUAUGUUUUCAAGUUAGGACUUGACGUGGUGGGUUUUGCUAGCUUCUGUUAGCGUAAGACAGUAGUCACCAGAACAGAUAAGCACAGCCGUAGCAAAUUUAACUUGCAAGUCAUGCCUAAAUAUUUACCAGUUGAAAAUGGCUGAGGUUGACUAAACAUAGCAUUUACAUGUAGCCACAGUAGCUACAGAUCAGGGCAGACGUGUAGCAGGUCACCUAUUCUACAUCCAGUAUUACCUCUGACUCCAGCCCUGCACUGACAUGUCAACACAAUCAGCAUCGGCUAAUUACAAUCAUCUUCAGCUCUGGCAUCUGUCUGUUGACUGCUGACAGGAUUUGGCUGGAGAGCAAAUAAAUUUAAUAAAAAUUAAAUGAAUGAGCCUUCACUUAACAUCUACCCCGACUCAUGCAAAACUACACACUAGAUUACUGUCUGUCCUCGAUAGGUUGACACUAAAAGUGCACUACCCACAAUCCCCAGCAGCAAUGGAGCAGGACCUUUCUAAUCCUUCAGAACGCAGUCUGACUGUAAAUAAACAAGACAUAAUUUUAUAUAUACUGAGAGGGAAUUUCAAGGCUGGACAAGCCAUGUCUAUUUUUGUUAAAGAAAAAAAGUGAUUAAAGUGUCCUCUUGAAUGUCCGAUGAGUAUUCUUUUAAUAUGUCCCAACGUCCUCUAUCAAGUGAGUGAUUGUAUCUGGAUCAAACUCGUGUAUGCAUUUCCAUCUUUUAAAGGUGAACCUCAGUGCUGAACUGUAAGAGGGUAUGGAGAAAAAAAUCAUGUUUGAAGCUUACAACAUAGUAAUUGAUCGUUUCUUUUUGUACAGUGUCCCUUACUAUUGUAAAUAGCUCCAUAAAAGUUCAAGUUGAAGAUGAAAAUAACUUUCAUUUCUCUCUGAUUCGUAUUAGGCAUGGAUAUGUAUAUCUGAAAUGAAACAGAGUGUUGUCUUCUGCUUCUGCCUCAUUGGGUUCUUCUUUUAUCCCACAACUUAACAACAAAGCACGUAAAUAUAUCUUCUGUCCUUCAACUAUUUACCCAUUUGCACAGUGAAUUCAUGUGAUUUAUAAUAACUCAAUCUUUCAUUUCUCUUAUCGAGACACUUGGCAAGUUAAGAAAUCCAGUCUGACAUGAAAAUCUUCAAAAAUCCAUCCACAACAAUUUGAUUAACCCAGACAAAUUUCUUCUCGAUAUCAUGCUUAGAUCUAUGAAAACAGGAUAUUUUGUUAUUUUAAAGUUGUGUUUUUUUUAUGUAAGCUAAUGAAAUGUUUCACUUAACCUGCCGAGUGUGUCUGUCAACAGUAAGGUGAUUAGUAGGAAGAUUGUCCUGAAUGUAUAAAAACUAAGAAGACUGAGCUGAUUGGUUUUCAAAUGUUCAACAAGAAAAAAAAAAACACCAAAUGCAACAGAUUGCACACAUUUUCAUUUGGUGUUUAUAGGACUCUGUACAAAAGGGUUUUUCAUCUUAUAUCAUUUCAUUUUUAUAUUUUUCUUAUUUUUUUAUGUUUUCACAUGAUCCUGAUCAUAAUGCUGUAACGCUGGAUAUGAUAUUGAUGUCUGCUUACAAAUCUUUAAUUAGCGUUCUCUGUAGAGAUUUUGUCACAGAAUAUUAAAUAUUAUAACCCUUGUCUUUCA